UAUCUAUCCCAGCGACUGAACCCGGUGAGUCCAGCUCCAGGCCCCCUCUCGUCCCGUAGUUUAUCCCUGCAGAGAGAGCACUCACUGCUGCCGUCUGCCGGGGCGGCCCAACACAAGUACACCUCACCUCACACGGACUCCCACCCACCCCACUGCUCCCUCCCCCUCCGCGGAGCCUCCUCCCUCUUCUCUCCUCGCCUCGCCACCCGCGCACGCACCCCUCCCCCCGCGCGGCCGGGCCGCCGCCAGCCAUGUCCGAGGAGGACGAGGACCAGGCGGCCCCGCCCAAGCGGCCGCGCGCCUCGCCCUCGCCGCCGCCCGACCAGGUGCUCGACAACGUGCUCGAGACGGUGCUCCAGUUCCUCGCCGCCCCGCGCGACCGGGGCGCCGCCUCCCUCGUCUGCCGCUCCUGGCACCGCGCCGAGUCCGCCACCCGCGUCACCGUCGCCGUCCGCAACAUCCUCGCCGCCUCCCCGGCCCGCGCGGCCCGGCGCUUCCCCAACGCGCAUCACAUCCUACUCAAGGGCCGGCCCCGCUUCGCCGACUUCAACCUCCUGCCUCCUGGGUGGGCCGGCUCCGCCUUCCGCCCCUGGGCCGCCGCCUUCGCCUCCGCCGCCUUCCCCGCGCUCCGCUCCCUCUCCCUCAAGCGCAUCACCGUCACGGACGCCGACCUCGACCUCCUCGCACGCUCCCUCCCGGCCUCCUUCCGCGAGCUCUCGCUCCUCCUCUGCGACGGCUUCUCCUCCCGCGGCCUCGCCUCCAUCGCCUCCCAUUGCAGGGGGCUGCGGGUGCUCGACGUGGUGGACUGCGAGAUGAACGAGGAGGAGGACGACGAGGUGUCGGACUGGGUGGCGGCGUUCCCGGGGGGCCACACCCACCUAGAGUCACUCUCUUUCGAGUGCUUCACCCCGCAGGUGCCAUUCGCCGCGCUCGAGGCUCUCGUGGCGCGCUCGCCGCGCCUCCACCGCCUGGGCGUCAACCAGCACGUGUCGCUCGGGCAGCUGCGCCGGCUCAUGGCGCUCACGCCUCGCCUGACGCACCUCGGCACGGGCUCGUUCCGUCCGGGGGACGGCGUCGAGGACCAGGGCCUUGACUUUGGGCAGAUUUUGACCGCCUUCACUUCAGCGGGGCGGCCGAACACGCUGGUUUCGCUGUCCGGCUUCCGUGAUCUCGCACCGGAGUACCUGCCAGCCAUUGCCGUGGUGUCUGCCAACUUAACGAGCCUGGACUUGAGCUAUGCCCCGGUCACCCCCGAUCAAAUCCUGCCCUUCAUCGGCCAAUGCUGCAGUCUUGAGACGCUAUGGGUGCUUGACUCGGUGCGUGACGAGGGGCUUGAGGCCGUGGCCAUGUACUGCAAGAAGCUCCAGGUUCUCCGUGUGCUUCCAUUGGACGCACUUGAGGACGCCGAGGAGUUGGUAUCAGAGGUUGGGCUUACUGCGAUCUCCGAGGGCUGCCGUGGGCUCCGUUCGAUACUGUACUUCUGCCAGAGGAUGACCAAUGCAGCUGUCAUCACCAUGUCGCAAAACUGCCCUGAGCUUAAGGUAUUCAGAUUAUGCAUAAUGGGAAGGCACCAACCUGACCAUGUGACGGGGGAGCCUAUGGAUGAAGGGUUCGGUGCCAUUGUUCGGAACUGCAGCAAGCUUACUAGGCUCUCGACAUCCGGACGCCUGACUGAUCGAGCAUUCGAGUACAUUGGCAAGUAUGGCAAGUCCUUGCGGACGCUCUCUGUGGCGUUCGCUGGAGACAGUGAUCUGGCGCUGCAACACAUCCUCCAGGGGUGCUCCAAGCUAGAGAAGCUUGAGAUAAGGGACUGCCCUUUUGGUGAUGCCGGUCUCCUCUCCGGGAUGCACCAUUUCUAUCAUAUGCGGUUCGUCUGGAUGUCAGGCUGCAACCUCACGCUGCAAGGUUGCAAGGAGGUAGCACGCCAGCUUCCACGGAUGGUGGUGGAGUUGAUAAAUAGCCAGCCAGAGAACCAGAGGCCAGAUGGUGUAGACAUCUUAUACAUGUAUCGGUCACUCGAGGGGCCAAGGGAGGAUGUACCGCCAUUUGUGAAGAUCUUAUAAGCUUCUUCUGCAGAUGUACUCGAUAUGCUCAGUGCAGAUCAGAUGCAGCCUAUGUAACAGUUGGCGGCAAGAAGCUGAGGUACUUGAUAAUUUGAUAUACUCAGUGCAGAUCAAAUGCAGCCUAUGUAACAAUGGGCGGCAAGACGCUUGAGUUGCGCGUCGGAGGAGUUCCGAGCCAUCUAUGGGAGCAGCAGAGCGUUCAAUUGUUGUUGUAAUAGUAGGGUUCGUCGGUAUUUGCAAAGUUUUCUACUAGAAGAUCAUAAGUGGGGUGGAGCAGGCUUCUUCGAGGGGGCUUCAUCAUCGCUUCCUCAGUUUUGUUUGCUGCUCUUGAGAGCCUUCUGUUUUGAGGACAAUCUAUCGAUGCCGGGCACGGCUGUGAUGGCCGUUUCUCUAAUUUUUCGAAACGAAGCUUGUCAUCAGAUUAAAUUCAUUGACUCUUUCCUGCUCUUGUCGCAUAGUUUCCCUUCCAUAAUUUGAGUCGCGUAACACUGAAACAAAACAUCCUGAAUUGAGCUUAUGUUAUUUGAUUUUUCUUCCA